CCUCAAUCCGCAGCGCUGCGAUCGAGAUUUCUCAAAGCUGACAACGACAACACUGAACGAGAAACGAGUUUUGUGGUGUUUGUUUACGUAUGAAUUGGGAAAGAAUUUUAAAUAAGUAUCGAAGAGAAUAAAAUUCAGAAAUGGAUUUCCAAAAUCGUCCAGGAGGAAAGACCGGAGGCGGAGGCGUCGCUUCUUGGUCGGAAAGUAAUCGAGACAGAAGGGAACGUCUACGACAACUCGCGUUAGAAACGAUCGAUCUAAACAAAGAUCCGUAUUUUAUGAAAAAUCAUUUGGGCUCUUACGAAUGUAAAUUAUGUUUGACUCUCCAUAAUAACGAGGGCAGUUAUUUAGCCCAUACCCAGGGUAAAAAGCAUCAAGCUAACCUAGCUAGGAGAGCCGCGAAAGAAGCGAAGGAAGCUCCUCAGACGCUUGCACCCGAGAAACCUCGUGUAGAGCCAAAGAAAUUCGUGAAAAUCGGACGACCGGGUUACAGAGUGACGAAGCAACGUGACCCGGAAUCGGGACAACAGAGUUUACUGUUCCAAGUCGAUUAUCCAGAGGUUGCGGACAAUGUUAUCCCAAGGCACAGGUUUAUGUCGGCGUACGAACAGAGAGUCGAACCGCCAGAUCGCAAGUGGCAGUACUUGUUAUUUGCCGCAGAGCCCUAUGAGACUAUAGCUUUUAAAGUUCCCAGUAGAGAAGUCGAGAAAGCAGAAGGGAAAUUCUGGACACAUUGGAAUAAGGAUACAAAGCAGUUCUUUUUGCAAUUCGCAUUUAAAAACGAGAAACCUUCAGUGGGCAAAGUGCCACCACCUCCAGUUCCUCUGAUAAGACCAGGAUUGGGUCCACCUAUGGUACCAGUUCCACCACCGCCAAGGCCACCUAUGUUUAAUCCAGUACCACCACCUCCGGCACUUUUGGCGACAGGGAUGCAGAUACCUCCACCACCACCUCACAUAGCAUAAUUUCAUUGUAAAAAUAUAUUGCUGUGUAUUUCAUUCUUUUAAUAAAAUUGCUUUAUAAAUUAUA